AUGUCUGCUAAAUCCAUCCACGAGGCCGACGGGAAGGCCAUCCUCAACUACCACCUCACCCGUUCUGCUGUCAUUGCUCCCUCAACUCUCCCUCCUCCCCCUCACAAUGCUCCACCAAAGCUUGCUUCUCUGUUCUUUGGCGAGGGAUCAUCUCCCUCCGCUGUCUGCGAUGCCGCCGAACAGCAGUACCCAUGGCUGCUUGAGCAGGGUGCCAAAUUCGUUGCGAAGCCAGAUCAGCUAAUCAAGAGACGUGGAAAGGCCGGAUUGUUGACUUUGAACAAGACUUGGGCUGAGGCACGUGCUUGGAUCGAGGAGAAGGCCGGGAAAGAGGUUCAGGUUGAGACUGUCAAGGGCUACCUAAGGACAUUCUUGGUUGAGCCAUUCUGCCCACACAAGUCUGAAGAGGAAUACUAUAUCAACAUUCACUCAGUCAGAGAGGGUGACUGGAUCCUCUUCACUCACGAGGGAGGUGUAGAUGUUGGUGAUGUCGAUGAGAAGGCUGAGAAGCUUUUGAUUCCUGUUGAUCUGUCACAAUACCCAUCAAAUGAGGUUAUUGCUCAGACCCUUCUGAAGAACGUUCCUUCAGGUGUGCACAACGUUCUUGUAGACUUCAUCACAAGGCUUUACGCUGUCUACGUCGACUGCCAGUUCACUUACCUUGAGAUCAACCCCUUGGUCGUUAUUCCUAACGAGGAUAAAACCUCUGCUCAGGUCCACUUCUUGGACUUGGCAGCAAAACUUGAUCAAACUGCCGAGUUCGAGUGCGGUGCUAAGUGGGCUAUUGCCAGAAGCCCUGCUGCUUUAGGGCUGAGACCUGUUGGAAAUGACACUGUUUCUAUCGAUGCUGGCCCACCAAUGGAAUUCCCAGCGCCAUUCGGCCGUGAGCUGACCAAGGAGGAAGCUUACAUUGCAUCCCUUGAUGCUAAGACCGGUGCUUCUCUUAAGCUGACCGUCCUUAACCCCGUCGGACGAGUAUGGACUCUCGUUGCCGGUGGUGGUGCAUCAGUCGUUUACGCCGACGCCAUUGCCUCAUCCGGUUUCUCCAGCGAGUUGGCUAACUACGGAGAAUACUCUGGUGCCCCUACUGAGGGACAGACAUACCUCUAUGCCCGCACUGUCUUCGACCUUAUGUUGCGCGCCCCUAUUCACCCUGAAGGCCGUGUUCUCUUUAUUGGUGGUGGUAUUGCUAACUUCACAAACGUCGCAUCUACUUUCAAGGGUGUUAUUCGCGCCCUUCGUGAAUUUGCUCCCGUGUUCAUUGAGCACAAGGUUCAGAUCUGGGUCCGUCGUGCUGGUCCCAACUACCAAGAAGGAUUGAAGAACAUCAAGGCUGUUGGACAGGAGCUGAAGCUGGACAUGCAUGUCUAUGGACCAGAGUGCCACGUUUCUGGUAUCGUGCCCAUGGCUCUCCUUGGCAAGAACAUUGGAAACAUUCAGGAGUACAGCGGUUAA